UCCAUGAGCAAGAGAACCCAGGCAUUCAGGGUACCCAAGCAGCAAUCCUUAAACCUGCUCUUCCAGACCACCAGGCUCUGGAACCCAGUCUAGACCAUUCAGCUCCUCAAAUCUCAGACCCCAGACCUCGCCAGAGGACCUGAGCUGUUGAUGGACUGGGCCAAGUUUGGGUUGGAGCACCCAGGACUGUGGGUCCCUGUGAUGGCUGUCCUUCUGCUGGGAGCCUGCCAGGGACACCCCAUCCCUGACUCCAGCCCCCUCCUCCAAUUCGGGGGCCAGGUCCGGCAACGUUACCUCUACACAGAUGAUGCCCAGGAGACCGAGGCCCACCUGGAGAUCAGAGCAGAUGGCACAGUGGCGGGAGCCGCCCACCGGAGCCCUGAGAGUCUCUUGGAGCUGAAAGCUUUGAAGCCUGGAAUAAUUCAGAUCUUGGGGGUCAAGACAUCCCGGUUCCUGUGCCAGGGGCCUGAUGGGGUGCUGUACGGAUCGCUCCAUUUCGACCCAGCCGCCUGCAGCUUCCGGGAGCUGCUUCUUGAAGAUGGAUACAAUGUUUACUGGUCCGAGGCCCAUGGACUCCCAAUCCGCCUGCCCUCCCACAACUCCCCAUAUAGGGACCCAGCAUCCCGGGUACCAGCCCGCUUCCUGCCACUGCCAGGCCUGCUCCCAAUGCUCCAAGAACCUCCAGGGGUCCUGGCCCCUGAGCCCCCUGAUGUGGACUCCUCAGACCCCCUGAGCAUGGUGGGGCCUUCACAGGGCCGAAGCCCCAGCUAUGCCUCCUGAAGUUGCUCGUGGAUUGUUACUGGGCCUCCUUUUUAUUUAUUGGGUUAUUUAUGUUAUUUAUUUUUUUCAUUUUUCUUAUGUGAGAUAAUAAAGAGUUGGAGAGAGGAAGAUCA